UCGGUUGGGAUUGUGUGUGGAGUAUUCAGAGAGCAAGAAACAAAGGAUUACAAAACGUUUUAGAAUUUCACCAUGAAGGCUUACGCUUGUGUUCUGGUGGCCCUUUUGGCUUUGGCUGCCCCCUCCCAAGCCCUACUGGGUGCCAAGUUGGCUUUAUUGGGAUCGUUAAAGAGUGGCCUUUUGGGAGGCGGUGGUGGAGGAGGAAAUGGCGGUUAUGGUGGCAAUGGAUACGGAGGCGGAAACGGUGGUGGAUACGGCGGCGGCGGCGGCCGCUACGGUGGUGGUUAUGGUGGAGGACAUGGCGGCUAUGGUGGUGGCUACAAUGGCGGCCAUGGUGGUGGCUACAAUGGCGGUUACGGUGGAAGCUAUGGCGGCAGUUCCGGUGGCUACAAUUAUAAUCGUCCCGUCUUUACUGGUGGCAAUUCUAACUAUGGCUGGGGUCAACAAGGCUAUGGUGGGGGUUAUGGCGGCAAUACCGAAGUCAUUAAGGUUAUUAAAGUCAUCGAGCAACAACCUGCUGCUGUUUCUUAUCCCACAGCUUAUGCCAGUAGCUCGACUUCUGCUGAAGCAUCGUCCUCUUCUGGCUGGACUCCCAUAUCAGAUCCCGCUCCAAUCCCAGUUACAGUUACAGUUGCACAACCCAUUCCCGAGCCCAUUCCACAACCUCCACCAGUUGUAGUAGCUCAUCCAAAACCAGUAUAUGUGUCUGCACCACAGCCCAUUCCCGUGCCCAUACCACAUCCUCAGCCAGUUGUUGUAGCUCAACCAAAACCAGUGUAUGUGUCUGUACCACAACCUCAACCCCAACCCCAACCCCAACCUAUUCAAUAUCUACCACCUCCGAAGCCUGUUCAAGUACAUAAACCCAUUACGUACCAAGUUCAGAUUCAACCCCAACACCAACCCCAACCCCAACCCCAAUACCACCAAUACCACCAAUAUCAACCUCAAUAUCAACAUUAUGAACCUUCAUACCAACAAUCCUAUCAACCAACUUACAAACAAUCCUACCAACCUUCAUAUGAAGCUCAGGCUCCUGUCAAGACUGUCCAUGUGGUUGUUGAAGGUUCUGCCGAUACUCAUACUCCCGCCCAAACCUAUGGACCUCCCCCAGCUGUCACCUCCAACUCUGCUGGCUGGAAUAGCAACUCAUGGAGCAGCAACUCUGUUGGAAGUGGACCUUGGAAGAGCGGCGGUGUUUGGGAGAGCGUCGGUUGCUAGUCACAAAGUAUUCUACCUAAAUUACAAAUUAUUAGAUUUAAUUUAUAAUUAAUAGACCUGAAUGCCACUAUAUUCAAUGUGUUCUACAAAGAGUACAACCAAAUAGUGUAAAUCAAACAAAGAUUCUGUAACGAAUAUUUACGAGUAUUGGACGAAUAAAA